GUUUCUAGAAGAAAAAACGGUUAUCUGUAAAACAUUUUUAUUGUAAAACACUUAUUAAAUAGAGUACUUCACAUAAAUGUAAAAUAUAUUAUUGAAAAUUCAAAUGGUGCAUAUACAUAGGCAUACUUUACAAUAAGUUCAAGAUAAAUACAUAAGUUAUUAGAUGUGUAAGUGUUUAAAUUGUUUUGGAAGAUGAUUAACGCUGCUUCUCAGUCAAGUUAUGUGUAUAUCUCACCCAUACACAUUGGCGCUACGCGGCAUCUCGGUCUAGCGCUUGUUACACAUACACGCACGUACACAAGCUAGCGAGUCCGGCAGUACGAGAAGGUUCGUUCUUAUUUUGUUUUCCCGCUUUUGAGGUGCAUUCCAUGAUAAGUCUUACCCUUGUCGUGUUAAUAACAAAUGUAAAUUUAUUGUUGUUAAUAAGUAAUUUAAAAAAUACAAUAAGUUUAAGUAUACAUUCGUAAAGUCGUUUCUUUAUUGAUAAAAAUUAUAAAAAUGGACAAAAAAGUCUUUUGUUCUUUGCAAGGGCGUUCAAAAUGUGUAAAGUUUCAACGUGAUCCAAGUGUCUCUGACGUUGCAAUUAUACGAGACAAAAUUCGUGAUAUUUGUGAACGAGAUACGUGUUUAAAAAAGUUUAUUGAAAAUAAAGUUAUUGUUGUACAAAAAAAAGAUAAUGAUGAAGAUGUGUGGAUCGACGUGGAAGAUGAUGACAUUGUAAAAGAUAAAGAGAAGUUGAAUAUUCUUUUACUGCCAACACCUGAGUCUGUACCUGAUGUUUUAGAAGGAAAUGAUGGAAAUUUACCCUAUAAAAUUCUAUAUACAGAACCGUUGAAUGAUUUAGAAUUAGAAAAAUUAAUCGAAAAUGGACAUGAUGAUGCAUCAUCAACUAAAGAAAAUUCUGAGUCGCAAAUCCCACUAGAUAGUAAAGUUAGUCUUGACGAAAAAAAAAUUGAUCAGUCAAAGAAAAUUAUAAGUAUCGUUAAAACCGGACCAGGUUCUAUCAAGAUGCCAGCAAUAUUACCUUCUUUAACUUAUGAUUUGAAAAAAAAAGUUGAAGAUUUGGGAGUUCUAGCAUCACAAAAAGAUUUGAUUUAUCAUUGGGCAUCAUUUUUAUGGGAGACAACUGAUGGACAGCCGAUAAAAAUUGACUACCAAAAUCUUGCUAGCACCAUUGUAUCAGCUUAUCCAUUAUUAAAAGGUGGUCCGAAAGGUUACGAUAUAGUGAGGACUCAAUUAAGUACCUGGGUAAGGAAUCACAGAACCACAUUAAAAAAGCAAGGAAAAAAAAGAAAUGCAGAAGAAAAUAUCAAUCAUGUCUCCAAAACAUCUAAAGUGGAAGUAUCAAAUGAAACAUCUGAGGUUUCUACAUUAAAUGUUAGCCGAGCUUUAUUGGAAUUGGAGAAAAAACAAGGGAAAGAAGGUAAUACGCCUCAUGUCCAACGUCUUAUUAAGUUAACAUUAAAUGAGCGUCUCAAUUGGAUAAAAAAUGAAGCUAAAUCAAUUUUGGAAGUGGUAAAAAAAUAUCCCCAUUUGAAUGAUUGUGAUUCGAUACUCUUCGAAUUUUAUAAUUUAAAAAAUACUACUGAGGAUUCGAUAUUUAAAAACAUACAAUUGAUGUUUUUUCGAUUGAAAAAUUAUUUUCAAGUCAAAGAUGAAGAUGAAAAUUCUGAAAUUGACCUUGUAAUGAAACUGAAUGAUGCUGUGACCAGAAAAGUAAAGAAGGAAGUUAAGCCUUUGUUUACUUUUAAACAAGCACGUUCAUCUACUGAUUGUCUUGUGACUGAAGAGAACGAGUCUCCUCGAGCUAUUAUAUACUCUGAUAAUAAAGAAAUCAGCGCUGCUUUUAUUGUUGCUGAUACCAAUGUCAGAGUUCAAGUUUCCAAUCCUACAGUACCAAAGGUGGUAGCUACUUUAUUAGCAGCUUACUAUGUUUGGGACACGGUAUUUCCUAAACAGUACUCAAAUAUGUUAGAGUACAUCGACAGUGAAGUGUUGGGAACUAUAAUUAAAAAAAAUCAAGUUUUAUUGAAGUUCAUUCGAAAACGAGAAGAAAAAGAAAAAGAAGAAGAAAAUAAAUAAGUAAUGUAUUGGACUUAAUUUUUACUUUGAUAAUUACCAAGCAUUUUAUUUAAUUUUAAUUUAUUGAAAAAAAAAUCUUAAUUUCUUCUUUUAUUAAUGCAAAACUCAAAUUGUUAUGGAAAUAUUUUUUUAGUACGUUACUUCAUUAAAAAUUAAUAAUCUAUAGA